AUGGCGGCUCAUUCGGAUGACCCGAAUGACCUUGAAAGUCGUCUUGAUUAUGACGAGUCUGACGACUUAGAUAUACCCGAACAAGCAAACAAACACCCUGAGCAUGAUCGGGCAGAUUUUCAUGAGUUCUUGUCGUCUUUACAGAAGACUAUGUCUACACAAACAGCGUUAUUGUCCAUUUUAGUGGCCGAACGCCAAGACGAAAAACGAACUAACACCAGUAGUGUCCCGGCUUCGGCCAGCUCGAGCAAACGUCAGAAAUAUGACUCGAAUGAUACACAACCUCAAGUAGGCUUACAAGAUAUAGCUGCAGAGACAGCAACUACAAAUGCUUCAGAGGAAGCAACUAACAAUGCUUCAGAGGAAGCAACAAAUUCGGUCUCAGAGUCAGACAAUGAGCAACACACAAGUGAGCAAAAUGACGACAGGUUAAGUGUACAUGGGGAUGAGCAUGACCCUGAUCUUGCCGGGUCAAUGAGUGAGGAUGAAGACAAUACCAGUCUUCUGACAAAAAUAGGUGAAUCACUCUGUCCCACUGAGGAUCAUGGACCACAAGUUAUUGAAAAACUUUCACAACUAGUGAAUACUAAGUUUGUGAUGGAUCUUGACCUUGAAAAAAGGAAACAACUUUCUGAAAAGUACAAAACACCCAAAAAUUGUGAGGCACUUUAUGUGCCACGUGUUAACCCGGAGAUAUGGGGAAAAUUAAACCCAACAACUAAGCAGCGAGACAUAAAGAUGUCAACCUUACAAGACCUCUUACUCAGAGUGUCAAAUGCUGUAAUUAUCUCAUUGAACACACUUUUAGACUGUCGAGAAAAACGAUCAAUUCCUGAUUACAAAUCUGUUAUGUCUAACUUGAUCGACUGCAUUGCUAGUAUUGCUCUUAUUGGGCAUGUUCAUAAAGAACUUUCGUUCAAACGAAGAGACCAGAUCAGACCAAGUCUGACAAAUGAAUUCAAACCAGCAUGCUCUCGUAACAAUAAAAUAGAGAAAUCACUUUUUGGUGAUGACCUCUCUAAAGUCUUACAGGACUUAAGAGCAACAAGCAAGGUUGUGAAUAACUUAACACAUAUGCCUACCAGUGGAAAGCCAAGAUCAUCAGCAAAUUAUAAUUCAGCAAGCACAUCACGCCCUCAUUUUUUACCGCAUCAGGGAGGGGCCAUUACCCUCCCCGGCCCAAUCGAUCAUACAGGCAAAAUCAAGGCCCAACAAAGAAGAAGUUCAUGA